CAUAAUAUAAGGGUAGACGCCGCAUUGGCCGCUCCGGCGCAGGAAAUACGGCGGCCAUCUUAGAGCGGUAAACCCUCGUACUUUGCUGAACCAAAACAACAGAAGAUGCCUCAGUUCUGCUCGGCUUAUUCGUGUUUAAAUCUACGAACUGUUGAUGUCAGGGACCGGGGGAUAACUUUUCACAAGUUUCCAAAAGAUAAAGAGAGGAGGAAGAGGUGGGAAAUAGCUUUGAGGAGGGAUGGAUUCACUGCAAGUGAUUCAUCUGUACUAUGCAGAGAACAUUUCAAAACGGAGGAUUUUGACAAAACAGGUCAGAUUGUCAGACUGAGAGCUGAUGUGAUACCAUCAAUUUUCAGCUUCCCAGUUCACCUUCAAAGAGUUGAAAACUACAGAACUACAAUAACCUCCACAAAAGCCCAAAGUAGUGAGUAUGUGGCCUCUCAAGAUGACCCAGAAACUUGUAGUUCAGACCUGCAACCUCAGUCUAAUGAUGAUCAUUGCUAUGCUUUGCCAGCUUCUCUUACCGCUGUCACUGCAAAACAUAAGAGAGCGUUGGCAAGAGUGGAAUAUCUGGAGCGGGACAAGAAAAACACCAUGGCCAGAGAGAAGAGGGCAAAGACCACAGCAAAGUCACUUUUGGGGGAAUUGAGUGAAAAAAAUCUCAUUACUGAAGAACUCAAAGAACGGCUUGAAUUCUACUCUGAUCUACAACUAGAGUUUAUGGAGAAAAAGGGCCAUGAAUACUCCAACGAAUAUAGAGAGUUUGCCCUCACACUUCAUCUCCAUGGCCCAAAGGCAUACAAAUACCUUAGAGAGAAGCGAAGAUUUCCCCUCCCACAUCCGCACACAUUACAAAGGUGGUUGUGUUCAGUAGAUGACAGGCCUGGCUUGAACAAGAUGAUGCUGGACAUGCUGGAGAGGAUGCACCACAUUGCAAAAGUCACAUGUCUUGGUUUGCAGAAAGGCAACACCAGAAAAAAGCUCUGCAAAACUGUCCUAUUUCAAGGCUAUUAGAUUGUGUAAAAAUGUAAUGAAUAUGUAAAUAUUGUUGUCACAACAGAUAAGUAUGUGUUUGUGUGUGUAUGUAU